AUGGCUUCCUUCCCAUCGUUGAGGCAGAUUUCUAGGCUCGCUUCACGGCAUACGUCCUUCACAUCACCAUCACCAUCCAUACUACGUCCAUGCACACGCGCAUCACGCAGCUUUCAGUCUACAGCUGCCCCGCCUACAGUCCCCGAGUUCGCAUUCGCUUUUGACAUCGAUGGCGUCCUCGUCCGCAGCUCUGACCCCCUCCCGCGCGCCCACAAGGCUCUCUCCUACCUCCAGAAGCACCGCAUCCCCUUCAUCCUGCUCACCAAUGGCGGAGGGAAGCAUGAGGAUGAGCGCGUCGCCGACCUGAGUUCCAAACUCGACGUCCCGCUUUCUACAAGCAUGUUCGUCCAGAGCCACACGCCCUUCGCCGACAUGCACGAAUACAAGGACAAAACCGUCAUGGUCGUCGGCGGCGACGGCGACAAAUGCCGCGUCGUCGCUGAAAAGUACGGUUUCAAAACCGUCGUCACACCCAUCGACAUCAUCUCCGCGUACCCCGAAGUCUGGCCCUUCUCGCAGCAACUCCUCCCCUACUACAAGGCUUUCAUGCGCCCGCUCCCCGCCCCAAUCGACCCCGCCUCGCCCUCAACCUCGCUCAAAAUCGACGCCGUCUUCGUGUACAACGACCCCCGCGAUUGGGGCCUCGACACGCAGAUCAUAAAAGACGUGCUGCUCUCACGCGAAGGCAUAAUGGGCACGCUGUCCAAGAAAAACGGCGAUGCGACACUGCCGAACAAGGGCUAUCAGCAAGACGGCCAGCCCCCGCUGUACUUCUCCAACCCGGACCUCCUCUGGGCUGCGAAGUACCACCUCCCGCGGCUGGGCCAGGGCGGCUUCCGCGAGGCGCUGGAGGGCGUGUGGGCCGCGCUUACAGGCGGACCCUCCGCAGGUGUCGAGCUCCAGAAAAUCGUCAUGGGGAAGCCGCACCAGCCGACCUACGCCUUCGCGGAGAAGCGGCUGAUUGCGCAUCGGGAGACGCUGCUCAAGCAGGUUGACGCGCAAGCGGGCCAGCUGAAGAGGGUGUACAUGGUUGGGGACAAUCCCGAGAGCGAUAUCCUGGGCGGGAACAGCUAUGAGAGUCCGCACGGGACGGACUGGGCGAGCGUGCUAGUGCAGACGGGGGUGUAUGUCGAGGGGACGGAGCCGGCGCAUCGGCCGAGGAAGAUGGUGGGGGAUGUGUGGGAUGCGGUGGAGUGGGCUGUUGGGGAGGAGGGGUGGAAGCGGUGAGGAUGGGAUGGAGUUGAGGUUGGAGUGUAGGAUAUGUGUGCAUCGUUGGGUUUCUGGGUGGAGCGUGGAGUUGGAUAGGUCAGCAUCGAGAGAAUGUUGGGCAGCAUGCCACGGCGUUGCUGUUUACCCAAUAGCACGUGUCUGGGCUUGACAGUAAUAGUGCGGCUCGUGGAAGAUUGCGCAGACGCGGUGUAAAUGAAGAGGAGCGAAGCUUCGACGCUGACGAUCCUUCGCGCAAGCCCCCUGUCUCCGGUAAACAAUGCUCAUCAACCUCAUGCGCGAUCCAAAAGACGCAUCAUGGCGCACGGAAUGCGAGCAGUAAUUGAUUCACGGACUCAGGGGGAUCAGUCCCCAUGUAUGAUGGCAGAAACGGAACGUGCUGAACUUAACC